AUGUCAUCCAGAGAACCACCUGACAUGUCGACCACGACAUCGCCUCCUACUACCUCACCACGCGACAUGCCAUCUGCCAACCCAACCCACCGAGUGGCCCCGCACAGAAGAUAUGCAAAGAAGUUCUUGACUCUACCCGAUGAACUCCUUACCAAGAUCUCCGACAAUGUCGCACCAGAAGACUUGCCAAACUUCCGCCUCACCUGCAAGAUUCUGGCCAAUAUAUCUGCAAAGCACUUUGGUGAANAGAGACUAGCCCACCGCCGCUUCAUCUUCACCGAGUACAGCAUGCAGGGGCUGGUUGAAAUGACUGCUCAUCCAGUGUUUGGGCCUUGUGUCAAGAGCAUUCUCUUCGGUACUGAUCAUCUUACCGAUUCGCUAAGAGUUCUUAUGGAUGCUCUGAAGUCAAACAACAUCACGGACCCCACUGAAGCGAUGCAUGUGCUUCAGAAGUAUCGCGAUGGCUAUGCUAAACGGUCCAUGUUCUGGGAUUCCCGCGGCUUGCACAACAUGCUGCUGAGCGUCAUGUCCAAUCUCUCCUCGCUAGGAACCAAUGUUACCCUUGGUAUCUACAAUGAUGUACGUAGAGGCCCUCGCGGAGAGAUUGUGUUGCAUGGAUAUGGCUCAGUUCACGAGCUCGGCGAUCUGCCAUUUUUGGAAUUCAUGACGCUUGAUGAGGCCACACUUCGAGUCAUACUAAGAGUUUGUAGAGCCGCCAACUUCCGCCCAGAGCUUCUCGAAUUUGACCUCAGCUGUCAACAAGAUGGCACUGCAAUGGAGAAAGUGUUGCCAGAAUUGCUGCUUACCAAUGGACAACUCCAGUCAAAUUUCGACGUCUGCAUCAGAGAAGGAAGUGUGGAUAUCCGCAUUCUGACAAGUCAACAUCGCCUUGAGUUCAAACAGAGACCUGUGAACGGCCAUAUGCUGCAUCAACCGGAUAUCGUCUGCUUCUAUUCGGAUUUGGGACAAUCCAUGGAACAGGCUCUGUCGGCUGUGCCUUUCACCCACUUUUGUAUGGAGUCUUGUUCUAUGUGGUUCGACAGAUUCGUCGAGAUCCUUCAAGGUCUCGCUGGGACUUUGCAGGUGGUGGAGUUAAUCGAUGUUGCCUUCUGGGGUCAUGAUUAUGGUUCACAAGCUACUAUGAACCCGGUGCUGUCCUGUCUCAGAGAUGACUUGCGCCUGCACACUUUAGUUUUCGACAAUGUGCGAACCAUGCACAAAAACUUUACCGAAGGCUCAGGAAUACUCAUUGUCAAGAGAAGGGUUUGGCACGGUCAACAGCAGAUUCGCGGAGGAUUGGACGUCUUCGCCGGCUUCAAUGGUUACGCCGAAGCAGAUCUUCAGAACAUGGAUUACUCGCACUUCGCGUCGCACAUGGAUCAUGAAGGAUACCUAGCGAACAAGGCUCAGAGAGAAGAAGAGCUGGAGGGCCUCAGAAAAGAGUACGCCCGGUACAAAGUAAGCAGAGCAGGGGCCAAGGAGGCGAUGGCUAGAGUUGAAGCGGAAGAGUUCGGCUCUUGA